AUGGCGAUGAAGCUACACAUUGUACACAUGAACAUCAAAUACAAAACCAUCAACGACGCUAAGCUACGUCCAAAUGGACUCGCCGUUCUGAGUUUCCUGUUCAAGAUAGGAGACACCGAUAACACUAAUUACAACACCAUCGUUGCCAGCCUGAGAAACAUCUCUCGUGCAGGAGAGUACGUCGACAUGGCAUCCACCUUUUCCUUGAGCAAUCUUCUCCCCAGCAUAGCGUCAUUGUCCAAAUAUUACCGCUACAAAGGAUCCCUCACCACACCAAGCUGUGAUGAAGCGGUCAUCUGGACAGUGUUUGAAGAGCAGAUCCCAAUCAGCAGAUCGCAGCUGAAUAUAUUUGUGGACACCACGUACUUCAAAAGUUCAGCUGGGACACCACAGAAAAUGAUCAACAACUUCCGUCCUUUACAGCUUCUCAAUGGCCGCACCGUCUAUGCUUCGCGUGAUGCCACCAUCAGCUGCGGCUCUUCUCUUGUUGCCAAUUUACUUCUUCCUCUGCUCUUGUUUUCUUUCAUUGGCCAGCUCUCUGCUUCCUCCUAGCUGCCUGAGCUCAACCACGAAUCCAUUGUAGAUCGGUGGUACCUUCACAGUUGUGGUCCUUCAGUGUGAUGCUUCCCUAGUUGAGCUGAAUGCGGCACAAGUCCAGAUCACGGAGUGUUUGAUUGAUUUAUGAGAAAGAGCCCUGGGGACAAUUGUAUUGCCAUCAAAGGCAUCCGAAUCACGAUUACUACCAUAAAUGGGACUAGCAAUGAGACAAGAAAGGUAGAAAGCUUCCACGUUGGCCAACGGAUGGGAGGUCCUCACACAAGGCAGAAGAUUGGCACACAAGCUGGGUGACCUUGAAGCAACCUCUCAACGUGGUACAGUCGCUACUUCCGAUUUCCCCAAGCAUUUCCCCA